AUGUCAAAUAGAGAUGCUAAAUUUGUAGUUGCUAACACGUCUGAAAAGGAAGCAUCGACACCCCCAGGAAAGAACGGGAACAAUUUAAAUGGAAUGCUGCUAUACUCUGGAAAUGCUAAGGAAGGAUUCGAUGUUUUAGUCCUCUUGUGUAAACUCGUUGUGGCGGCCUGCAACAUACGAAAACAAGGGGAAAAAGUCGAACAUCAACGUUGCAACCAUUGCAUAGAAAAGCAAAUGUCUAUCAACACCAACACCGCCACCACCACCACCACCACCACCACCACUGCCACUAACAUCCCAAUAGCAGCAGCGGAAAACACACCAAUUAAAUUGACAGAGAAUGGCAUCCACACUGCGGCAACGUCAUCUCCAAUGUCGCCAAGAUCGCCCAUGACGGUCUCGCCGUCACUUGUUGACACGCCACCGUCAAUGGAAGCGAGAAUGAAAAGACCCUCGGCAGAAGGCUGCCUGUUCGUUGCAAAAGAGGCUGUACAAGCUUCAAAAAGUGAGCUUUUCAUUGGAAAAAGAAAAAUCCGCAUAGAAAAGGCAAGAUGCCUGCGAAAACUUACAAUUACCAUCCCAGCCCCCUUUUCGCAAAAGGACGAUUGUCGUCUGCUUUUGGCAGAGUGGAUAGACCAGUCUGAUAUUGUGACGGUCGAAGAUGAUGCAUCUCAUGUCACCAUAGUUGCGAAGCUGAAAGAUGACGUUGAUUCGGAAGAGGCAGUUUGCGAAAUGAAAAAAAGAUUUUCCUCGUGGGAUAUCGAAUGGUUCUCAAAUCAGACGUACACCCAACUUGACCAUGGCCAUCUGGGGUUGCUACACUCUCCCCAAAAUCUCGGAUACUAUUUUCCGGCUAAUCAGAAUUAUUCAUCUCAAUACCCAUAUUGGAUGUCGAUAUCGAUGGCAAUGAAGAACAUUUCUGCUUCGUCCUCGUCCUCAGCCUCCUCCUCCUCCCCACCGCCGCAGCCGCACCUGCAGCCGCAGCCACAGAACAUACACAGAAUCCCACAUGAGGACAUUUACCUUGCCAUGGAGAGACUUUCACUUUCGCCUCCACCGCCAAUUAUCGUCCCAAGCAGAAGCCCACCUGGAUUUGAACCAGAGAUAUUUGUUGGGCCCACAAUUCCGCCACAGGAUGCAUUUGCAUUUGUCCGAUUUACUGCUAGAAGUGCUGCCCAGAAAGCAAUCAACGAAGAGAAUGGAAAGCCUUGGAUGGGGCAGAUGCAAAGAGUCACCUGGGCACUUACAAGCAGCAAAUCAAGAAUCAUGCAGCCAUGGUGGAAUAGUUCAGAGAUGUGCUGCUAUUCUGGGGACCAACAGCAAUAUCCAUGGAAUCACCAGCUAAUGUCGAUGAUGAUGGUGAUGCMAAAUAGCAGCAGCUCAUUGAAUAGCGGCAGACAUCAGCCCUAA